AUGCGGUUUUUGUGGUUUUUGUUAGCACUUGGAUGCUUAGCAUCCAUUGGACACGGUGAAGAAUAUGGUGACGAAGAAUAUUUGAAAAAGCAAGAGGAUUUACUCGUUGGUCUUAAAUAUCUUCACCAACCUGAUUGGAACGUGGAAAUCUUCGAACUCAUUAAAAACUAUCAAAUUUGGCACGACUAUGACAACUUCAAUAACGUCGAAAAAGUGAAGAAUUUUGUGAAUCUUUACAAAGGAAAAAGAUUAUUACAACAAAGUGAAGAAUUCAACAUUCACAACGAUGCACAUUUAGAAGAAGCGAAAGCAUUAUUCGAUGUCUGGUACAACGCCAAAGAUUACAAAACUUUGAUGACCGCUGGUUACUGGUCCCGAACAGUUGUCAAUUCUGACUUGUACUUCUACGUCGUUUCUUUAAUUCAAGCCCAUCGUGAAGAUCUCAAGACGUUCAUCAUGCCACCACCUUAUGAAGUCAAUCCACAUCUCUUUAUCAACGGUGAGGUUAUCAAGAAAGCUCAGAGAUUGAAGAUGCAAGGUUUUUAUGGAAUUGAGAAGAAAGAUGGCAUUUAUGAGGUGACAAUUCCAAUGAAUUACACUGGCUGGUACAUGCACAUGAAUCCUGAACAGAAGUUGGCUUAUUUCACUGAAGAUGUUGAAUACAACGCAUUCUAUUACAACUUCAAUCUUGAUUAUCCACAUUGGAUGGAAGGCAAGCCUUAUGGGUUGGAUAAAGAUCGUCGUGGUGACGUUUACAUCUCGUUCCACCAUCAAUUGACUGCUCGUUACUACCUUGAACGUCUUUCCAAUGACCUCGGACAUAUUCCAGCUUUCAACUGGCGUGAGCCAAUCAAAUCUGGUUAUUAUUCGCCACUUAUGCUUCACACGGCCAAACAAUUCAAUACUCGACCAAACUUCUACAACUUAUACACCGAAGGCAAUCAUAAAUUCAUCCAAGAAGCUGAAGAUCGUGAGAGAAGACUUCGUGACAUUGUUGACAAAGGAUUCUUCAUGUUUAAUGGCAAGAAGGUUCCAGUUGCAGAUCCUGAUGAUGUCAAUACUCUCGGUAAUUUAAUUCAAGGAAACCCCGAUGUCGAGGAGUUCCAUCAUAAUUAUCACGAUCAUAUUUUGCCAAAAUUCAUUGAGAAUCCCGCAACAGCUGUUCGUGAUCCACUCUUCUAUCAAUUUACAAAGAAUCUCAUGUACAAUUAUUGGCGAUUUAUUUCUCAUCUUAAACCAUACACGAAAGAAGAAAUUGGCUUCAAAGGAGUGAAGGUUACAAGUGCACGUGUAGAUAAAAUUAAAACAUAUUUCGAGCACUUUGAUGUUGACAUUUCAAAUGCACUUUUAAUUGAACCAACCACUGAGAAACACGACAUUAAGGAAUUCAAUAGUGGUGCUGUUCCAUUCAAACUCGAUGAAUAUCGAAUUAAAGCCGGCACAGUUCGUCUCAAUCACAAACCUUUCACAUUCACAUUGAAUGUCAACUCUGAAGUUGAUCAAGAUGCAAUCGUUCGAGUUUUUAUUGGACCGAAAUAUGAUGAAUAUGGAAACUUUAUUAAUUUCCACGAAAACCGCAAAAACUUUGUUUUCAUCGACAUAUUUAAGACUCAUCUUACUGUUGGUGAUAAUGUUAUCGAUCACAGUACUAAUGACAUUAAAUAUUACGGUCCACCAUUGACCAGUUAUUAUGAGCUUUACAAGCAUUUAAUGUCAGCUAAGAAGGGAGAAGAGAAAUGGGCACCUGGAAUCCUACAAGGACGCUGCACAUUCCCCAAACAUUUGCUGGUACCGAAAGGCAAGAAAGGCGGCAUGACAUAUCAAUUCUUCUUCGUUAUCAAUGAAUAUAAACCACCAAAGGCAGAAUUGAGAAGCAAUUUCGACAUCAGAACAUCUUGUGGCAUUGGAUCAGGCACUCGCUUCUUCGAAGAACGUCCUUUGUUAUUCCCAAUUGAUCGAGAGAUCGACGACACUGUUUACUAUCAACCUAACAUGAUAUUCUCUGAUUCUUUGUGGAUUUUCGUGGCUCUUGGAUGCUUGGCAUCUUUCGUGUCAGCUAACUUGGAAUACGGUGGAGAAGAAUAUUUAGAAUAUCAAAAGAAUUUACUUUUGUUGUUCAAGUAUGUUCAUCAACCAUAUUGGAACGCUGAUUUGCACGCUUAUGGAGUAAAUUACAAGAUUUGGGAAGACUACGACAACUACAACAACGUAGGUGAAGUGAAAAAGUUUGUCGAUCUUGUUCAACGUAGACGUUUGUUGCCACGCCAACAACAUUUCAGUCUUCACAAUGAAGAUCAUUUGGAAGAAGUGAAAGGUUUCUAUCAUGUGUUGUAUAACGCUAAAGAUUUGAAAACUUUAUUCAAAGCUGCUUUCUGGGCGCGUUUCAAUCUGCAUGAAAGACUUUUCAUGUACGUGCUUGGAUUAGUUGUUUCACAUCGUACUGACAUGACUGAAUUUAUUCUGCCACCACCUCAAGAAUAUUGUCCUUAUCAAUUUAUCAGCGCUGAAGUCAUCAAAAAAGCUCAACAAAUAAAGAUGCAAGGGUUUUAUGGACGUGAAAAGGUUAACGGAUUAUACGAAGUGAUAAUUCCGAUGAAUUAUUCUGGAUGGACCAUGCACAUGAAUCCUGAUCAAAAGUUGACUUAUUUCACUGAAGAUGUUGGAUUCAAUGCAUUCUACUACAACUUCAAUCUUGAUUAUCCACAUUGGAUGGAAGGCAAGCCUUAUGGUUUGGAUACUGAUAACCGUGGUGAGAUUUUCAUCGCUGCACAUCAUUGGAUGAGCGCUCGUUACUACCUUGAACGUCUUUCGAACGACCUUGGACAUAUUCCCGGAUUUAAUUGGAGAGAACCAAUCAAAUCUGGCUAUUAUCAACCACUUAUGACCGUAAAUGGAAGAGAAAUGAAGAGUCGACCUAACUUCUACAAUUUGUACACAAAUACCAAUCCAAGAUUCAUUGAAGAAGCUGAAGAUCGUGAACGUCGUAUUCGUGAUAUCGUUGAUAAAGGAUUCUUUACUUUUGGAAACAAAAAAGUUUCUGUGUCAACACCUGAAGAUCUUGACGUGUUGGGUAAUUUACUUCAAGGUAAUCCUGAUGUCGACGAGUUCCAUCAUAAUUAUCACGAUCAUAUCUUACCAAGCUUCUUACAAAAUCCCGCAACAGCAGCAAGAGAUCCACUCUUCUAUCAAUUCCACAAUAAUCUCAUGUACAGCUACUACCGAUUUAUGUCACACGUCAAACCAUACACGAAAGAAGAAAUUCUUUACCCAGGGGUCAAAAUAACUGGCGUUAAAGUUGAUAAGAUUGAAACAUACUUCGAGAACUUUGAUGUUGAUAUAACGAAUGCGAUUGAAGUUCACCCGGAACCAGAACAUGACAAUGAAGUUCCAAGCAAUGCUAUUCACUUCAAACCAGAUGAAUUUUACAUUAAAGCUCGUACAGUUCGUCUCAAUCAUAAGCCAUUCACAUACACAAUGAAUGUUCAUUCUGAUGUUGAGAAGGAUUCUUUGAUUCGUGUAUUUAUUGGACCUAAAUUUGAUGAAUAUGGAAAAUUCAUUCCAUUUGAAGAGAAUCGUAAACACUUCCUUUUCAUUGACAUCUUCCCACAAAAAUUGAAAGCUGGUGACAAUGUCAUUACUCAUAGUUCUGAUGAUAACAUGUACCUUGGCAAAGAUAUGACGACUUAUUACGAACUUUAUAGACGUUUGAUGUCAGCUCAAAAGGGAGAAGAGAAAUGGACGCCUGGAAUCUUGCAAGGACGUUGCACAUUCCCCAGACAUUUGCUGGUACCGAAAGGCAAGAAAGGCGGCAUGACAUUCCAAUUUUACUUCGUUAUUAGCGACUUGCCACAAGCUUUUACUGAUCUUAUGGGUAAAUACGACUUCACGAAAUCAUGUGGUGUGGGAACAGGAAGAAAAUUCUCCACUGAUAAAUCAAUGAUGUGGCCAAUUGAUCGUCAAAUUGAUGACACAGUCUUUUAUCAACCAAACAUGUACUUCCAAGAUGUUGAAAUCUUUUUCACAGAUGAAAACGCAAUUCGUUGGUUGUAA